AUGGACAGAAAGGCAGUUGAAAUUACCAAGUUCCUAUUGGAUUGGAACUAUCUUCUCAUUAAUGCCCCCGUUAGCGGGUCCAUAACGGAAAUAUACUUCUGCUUCAUACUAUCUAAUUAUAGUAAGGGGAAAGAUAGAGUUUCAUGGCAACAAUUCAUCAAGUACCUCAACAUGCUAAACAAAGUUGCACAUGGUCAUGUCCUUGACUGCACUCCACAUAAUGCCCUUCAGUUGACUUACGAGGAUCCCUUUAAAUGUUUUAAUAGAAUCAAUUACAUCAAUAGGCUUUCCCUAUCCCUGAUUUUGAAAAGAUCCAAGCAAUUGACGCACUCGGAAAACUGGGGAAUGGAAGAACCAGUCAAGAGGUCAUCUUUAUCCAGCGAUAUUCCCACAGAUAAGGCUGGUCAAUAUAAAUAUCUCAUGACGUUGAUUGAGGGCUCGGACCACAGUCUGAAGAAGAAAUGGAGGUCUACAGAGGUAACUUCAGAGAGGAUUGUAAACAAUUCCAAAUUAGUCCCAUUAGAUGGAGACGAUAUCUAUUCAAUGACGUCAAGAUCGGGGAGAUUGAUUCAGUUAGAAUUACUUCUCAGAUCAGAAUGCGCCUCGCAUCAUUUAAUCAGAGAAAGGGCACGUUUGCAGACGUCUGAAAGAGAGUUCUAUGAUUGUUGCGAAAACCCGGAUCAUGCCAAUCAAUUGUCGCAAAUGACUGAAUUCGACAGACAGGUGAAUUACUGUAAAUUGAAAAAGUCUGCUUGGUUUGGAAGAAACAGUCUCUUAGCCAAAUGUGUUAACGAAAGGAUGCAUUUCAUACCGGUGAUUCAGCAACAAACUGACACGAAAUUGGGUGAUUGCUCCUACCUUGACACGUGUCAUAAGAUGGAAAGCUGCAGAUAUGUUCACUAUGGAUUAUUAAUGCCUCAAAGUUUACAAGGUUACCCAGAGAAGUCGCCAAAUGAUAAACUGCAAAAAGCUGGUUUGAAAGUAAAACAAUUCACCAGGAUCAAUAACUUCACCCGAGGAGAACCCGUCUGCCUAUCAUCUAUGGAGGAAUUGCCACCACAAUGGAUCAACUGUGACGUUACCAAGUUGAACUUCGACGUUUUGGGUAACAACUGGGGGGUCAUUAUUGCGGAUCCAAGUUGGACCAUUCAUAUGAACUUGAACUAUAGCAGUAUGAAAGAUGAUGAUUUACUUUCAUUGAGAAUGGACAAGUUGCAGAAGGAAGGUAUAUAUCUUCUAUGGGUUACUGGAAGAACCAUUGAGAUGGGAAGAAAAUUCCUUAAGAAAUGGGGGUAUCGAGUGUUGAACCAAAUUACUUGGAUCAAAACAAGUCAAUUGGUUAGAACCAUUAGCACAGGAAGAACAGGCCAUUGGUUGAACCACUCUAAAGAGCACCUCUUAGUUGGAGUUAAAGGUGAACCCAAAUGGAUGAAUUGUGGGGUGGAUCCACAGAUCCUUAUUUCAUCUACAAGGGAAACGUCCCGGAAACCAGAGGAGAUCUACGGAAUAGUGGAAAGGAUGGUGGGCCUAAGGGUGAAGAAAUUAGAGAUCUUCGGUAGACAGCAUAAUACGAGACCAGGAUGGCUCACUAUAGGAAAUCAGCUUCAGGAGACUCACUUAGUUGAAAAGGAGAUAUCCAUAAAGUAUUCACAAUGGCUAAAGUCCAACGUCAAAUAA